UAAAUGAUCAGACCGGAAAGACCUACCAUCCGAGCCUUGCUCCUGGGAUUCCUUGUCAUUGGCGCCUACUACUGUAUCCAGAAAGGAGUCGUGACCGACGUCACAUACUCUCCUCAAGCCAGCUCCGUGGCACCGAAUUCCACAGAUGACAGCGUGGCAACUACAACGGCCAAGCCGAUGAGGGAACGGUACAUCGUGGACACUCCCGGCUGCAAGAUCCCGAAUUUUGACCCUUUCGACGAGAGUGUACGUGGAUAUUACAAAAAAGUGGGCCGGUACAGUUGCAAGGGCAAACCGUCGUUUAUUCGACUUGUCAACAGCACCAUACCCGUGGUCGAUGAGCAAUCGCUGUUGACCACCUUCAAGUUCAAACCGAAGAACGUGCGGUGCACUUAUAGGGAGAUAUACCGAAACGAAUCAUUGCGCGUGCCGGACGAUUCAUUCUUUUUAAAGCCCGAAGUGGAACUGAGGUUUGGCGAGCCACUGAAGGUCGAGUUCGCACACGUGCAGUGCUACCAGGGGGCUAACAACAGCCUGUUUCACCAGGAGUACCUGCUCGUGCCGCUUCUCAAGAAGGACGUCGAAGAGCGCUGCCAACAGGCGCGCCACGAUGUCAGCGACAAAGGAAGUGGACUGAACAUCCUUGUCCUCGGACUUGACUCUGUGUCGCGGCUCAAUUUUAAGCGCCACUUCAACGAGACCGGCCGCUACGUGCAGCAUGUACUCAAGGGUUACGAGCUGAUGGGCUACAACAAAGUGGGCCUCAAUUCUUACCCCAACCAAACGCCGCUCCUGACCGGGCUGAGUGGGGAAGAAGCGAAGAAUGCGACCGGAGGCAAGUUCUUCGACACGCUCGACUUUCUGUGGAAAGAGUACGCGAAGAAGGGCUACCGCACCGUGUUCCACGAAGAGCAGCCCAAGUACGGCCUUUACAGUUACGUGGGCGACGGAUUGAGGCACGCGCCGACCGACUACUACACGCGUCACGCUGUCAUGGCCAUAGACAAGUCGAAACUCAAGAAGAACUCCUACUGUCUCGGACCGAGGCCACCACUGGAGCUUUACCUGGACUACAUGUUGGGCUUGCUCGAAGCGCUAGACAAACGGCCCUUCUUCGCCUACUUCUGGAUGAGCGAGCUGGCCCACGACCACCUGAACAUGGCGGGCCACUGCGACAUUCCGAUGAGGGCAGCCCUGGGCAGGUUGCACGAAAGCGGCAUCCUAAACAACACGGUUCUUGCCUUCAUGAGUGAUCACGGCCUCAGGUUUGGAUCGUUGCGGCGCACAUACAUCGGCAGGUUCGAAGACAGCCUGCCAUACGCGUUUCUCGUGUUCCCACCCUGGUUCCUACAGCAACACCCGCGAUUCGCCGCCGCACUCGAGUUGAACCAGAGGCGGCUGUCGACUCAUUUCGACAUGCAUGCGACGCUGCUGCAACUGCUCCACUCUGGGCUGCCUAAGACGGUGACCAAGCACGGCCAGAGCUUGUUGCACGAGUUACCCGUGACGCGGACUUGUGCCGACGCUUCUGUACCGACUCAAUUCUGCGCGUGCGUGGAGACGGAGGCGUUUCCAGUGAACCAUCCGCUGUCACUGAAGGUCGCGCGCUUUGUAGUCGCUAGCGUCAACACACUCGUCGGAAAACAUCUCACGGGGAAGUGCACCACGUGGGUACUCAAGUCGGUGCUCGCCAUCCAUUUUUAUCCGCGCCCCGCGGUCUCCGGGAACACUACGGAUAGCGACUACUGGGUCAAGUUCUCCGCUGCGCCAGGCGACGCCCUAUUUGAGGCGACUGUGCGUCACUCCGUCGACUGGAAGGCGUCCACCUUCUCCUUGGUGCAGCAGGCCGAUAGGCUCGACUGGUACAGCUCACACUCGCAUUGUGCGCGUGGCAGCCUCUGGGAGAAGUAUUGUCACUGCAAAGAGGCUCCGACUGCAGUUACACUGCAUUGAAAAAUGCGCUCGUUCAUCCAUGCUUCGUUGCAAAGGAUUGUCCCCGAUGUUUGCGACGACACUACCAAUCUGUGAUGCACAAGGGUGUUUGUAUGAAUGAAGCAACCGUCACUGCAGCAGAAGACUAUUGCGAUGGUAAUUAUGUGGACGCUCCAGGCGCAUUUCCGUCGUCACCGUCGUCGUGAGGUUUCGUAGAAAGUCGAAGAGCGACGUCAUCACCCCGCCGCGCUUCGCUGACCUAUUUGCAAGUGAUAGCGCGCGAGGGUAGCCGAUGCUCGCGACUCAAGCGGAGUGGAAACGCGCCGGCAGUUUUCCCGCGAAAGGCCCAUGGAUGUUUCGAAUGACAAGGGGGGGGGGGAGUUAGUGUGCGCGUGGCUCCGACAGGAACUGCGAAUGUCGAACCACAGGGACCGGUAGCGCACGCACUAUCUUGACAGGGAUCAGCAGACGACUAAUACCUCUGUCCAUUACGGUCUGCUCGUAGAGGGAACACGCGAGCGCGUUGCCGGCGGCCCGUGCAGCGACUACUGGCGGCGAGAUUUGUAAAUACGGCGCAUGCCCAUAGAAUCGUAAGGGCUACGCGUGCCCGGCACCGUCUGCUACUUCUCCGCCCAUGCGCUAGGCAAGUGCUUGAAAGCGCUAGAACGCGGUUCCGUUUUUUCGAGUUCCGGUUUAUCUAGCCGGCACUCUGCUGCUCUUCGGGUGUUCAGCAAGCAGAAAAGAAAAUAUAUUGUUUCGUGUAUUACUGCAGCAUUUAGCCAGUUUUAAAUGGACAGGGCUCUUUCCAGCAGAAGCAACGUCUGCAGAAACUCCUUUGAUAAGAUAUUUGCGACAUCAAUUGCACGUGCUGUUUGAUGAAAAUUAUCCUAUUACAACAAUAGAAGCGCACAAUAAAAUAAAAAAAAGUGCAUGAAACGACACGCGAAUGUAAACGAGGAGAAAACUCAUUGAGUCAUUGGUUACAUAUUUGCGAAAGAGGCUAUAUGCGGCAAGAACUAGCCACAAUACUUGUGAAGGAUGCAAUGCUAGUAUGGUGGCAAACGUCCGUACUCCUUUAAGUGGACAAAAAAAAAAAACAGGCGCAGCUACGCACUGGUGGUGCGAUGACUGAGGAAACAGAGGAGCUGGUGGCGUCCCACUCUGCCUUUUCCUCCUCCUCACCCUCACUAUACAUGGCUAUACUAUGCUCCUCUUUUCCUUCACCAUCAUUCCUCUUUCUGACCACCUUGCCAUACUGUUCUGGCGAUACCGGUUGUCUCGGCCCUUACCACAACGGCAGGGGGCAGCAGAGGAACACGUAAAAGGCGCAUUGUGCUUCAUCAUUCGCAACGAUCUCGGAAUAGUUUCUAUCACAUGAUCCCUCGUGUACGCUUAAUGUAAACAAUCCAUUUAUAUUAGAUUGCUAUAAACGUAUUACGAGGAACUGUGCCUUAGAUGUAGAAAAACUGAAAAAGGUAUCGCCCGCUCAUUCUAGAAGUGCCUAAUUUUGAGCUGUUCAACAUUACAAACUGAAUUUAUUAGCGCACUGUAAGGGUAAAAAAAAACUGAAAGACAGUAAGAAAAAGCAUAGGUUGGCCUACGUUGGUGGGGUGGACACGAAGGAAACGAAGUUUAGGGGGUGAAAAAAGAAAACGGAAUACGGAGAUCCAACGCAGUUGUUGGAAUAUCCGUGAAUGGAGGCUUGAGCGAAGUAGUAAUGAAACGGUGUAGCACUAUCUGACUAUCGAACGAACGAGAACUUUCGCCGGAGCCGAUGUUGCGACAAGGGCACUAGUCUUCGCCCGGUCACCAACUGCUUUUCUUAGCAGUGGCUUAACGCGUGUCUGGCUCAAUGGUCAAAACCCCCAGCGGUGGAAGAGGCGCAGAAUAACUUUGCACAGCAGGGCAACUGACGUUUGAUUUAUCAAAAAGAAGAAAUACAAGGAAAAAGGUUUGGGGUGGAGGCGGAGAGCAGGAUGAGACAUAGGUCGAUGUAAGGUUGUGACGGUUGCCGCAGCGGUGGAAUGUCCGCAUCCAACGCGGGAGGUGCAUUAUGGAAACGCAUGAAGAGAGGUAAAAAAGAAGCUGGGAAGAACGAAUAUUCUUUUCCUGAACGAGGUCAGUCUCCUAUCGAAACGUCGACGAAAUAAAUGAAACUUCUUGAAGGGCUACUUCGGACACUUAUGCAUACAUACCGGCUGUUUUAGCACACUCGGGCCAAAAUUAAAAAAAAAACUUGCUCUAUGAAAGUUCUACCUGUGUAUAUUAACGUAGUCCUGUGUACUUAGAACGUCGAUAAUUCCAUUACCGUGUAUUACCAUGUAUUUAUUGAGCCAACUUUUAAAACUUGCUUGAAUCAGUAAAAUAAUAACUUUAAUUUGUAAGGCGCCUUCAAUCUCGGUUCCAGUUAGCUGGGACACCCCGUAUCAGUAUGCGUGCAGAGAGAUAGAGAGAAUUUCAUUUGAAACAGUCUUGCGGGAGACCAAACAAAAAGCUGCAAAAAUAGCUUCGGGGGUCUGGCCACCCUGCGCAAACAACGGAAAACAAGCCGCGGUAAAUGCGCGGCGUCAAGAGCCUAAAAAGACGCUUUGCGCUCGUUAGGGUGGUCGUCAGAGAAAAGACGCAAAAGGGAAUAGUUAUGAACCAUAGUCGUGUACUUGAGUUCUUCAAUGAAUAUUCCCCUAGUGAAAAGCAGUGGAACCUUGGUUAACAAACAUAAGCCGCUUACGGUUACAAAGUACCUGUGCCUGAUGUAUAAAGGAACAUUAAACUCAAUGUUAAGCCCUAAACACAAAGAAAUGAACAGGCUAAAAUUAGAUAUGGUGUUUCUUUAUCAACAAGCAUGCAUAUUGGACCAUGAGGUAUCUCCAAAGUUAGCUCCACGAAGAAACUCAGGUCAGGGUCCGCCUCGGUGUUACAGUAGUUACGGUGCUUACAGCUGACCCGAAAGUCGCUGGUUCGAUUCCGGCCGCGGCGCUCGCAUUUCGAUGGCGGCGAAAUGCUCGAGGCCAGUGUACUGAGCGAUGUCAGUGCACGUUAAAGAACACCUGAUGGUCGAAAUUUCCGGAGCCCUUCACUACGGCGCGCCUCUAAUAGUCAUAUCUUGUUUCUGGCACGUGAAGCCGCAGAUAUUAUUAUAUAUUAGCACUCAGGUCUAGCACACGUCCCCGAGAAUCAAAAAUGAGCACUUAUACGUACAUCUAAAGAUGGAGACAUUGCGUAUAAAGCCAACAACAGACCCAGUGCACUAACAUCGGUUUGUUGUAAGACGCCGAAACAGAUAUUUUCUAAACACACUCGGCAGUAUUUAUUGUAAAACAAACUUCUCAGCAGCCAUCAACAUGAAUUUCGUCAGAGCUUAUCAACGGUGAUACAAUUACUACAAGGUGUGCAUGGUUUUACGAAGUAAUCGAUGGCGAAGGACAGGUAAAUUUUACAUUCUUAUGCUUCGAGAAGGCUUGUGAUCAGGUCAAUGAACUGUCCAAUAAAUUAGAGACUAUUUUAGGAAAUGCAAGUGUAGUAAAAUAGGCGGAAAUUCAGCACCGACAGUUUGUCAGCACUGAUGGAUAUAGGUGGGAACCCUGUGACGUCACGAGUACCUCAAUACUUGCGCCUGUGUUGCUCCUGUCUUCAUCAACCACCUGAACGAAACCGCGUCUAUUAGAGCAAGGUUACCCGCAGACCGCUGCCUAAUAUGUACUGACGAGAAAUCGCUUGGUGACCGAAUUUUUUUCAACAGGUUGUCAUGAAAAGUACGUCAGCGAUGCGACACGCGGCAGAUCACCUCUCAAACCAGUAAAAACGGUAUAUAUCAUCAUAUCGUGCAAACAUGAAUCUCUGCCAUUCAUGUUCACACUGCAAUGUCAACCACAUGAUGGAGUAACAAGCUGAAGCUACCUGAUUACGGGUAUCGCGUAAUGUUAGUAAACUUCGACCACAGUUGAACUAAGAAUUCUAAAAUAGCCGACCGGCGAUCACGAAAUAUUUUACGUGUUCUUAACAACUCGCAUUCCUUGCCACACAGUCGAGCGUUUGCAAGAUGCUUAUGCGCCCAAUAUGCAGAAGGACCCAUCUUCGUACGAAGCGCAGAACUCACAGGGACAGCAAGGAAGAAACACACAAGAUGGACCUGUACCAACUGGCCCGGUCUGCUUGUUUAUUAAGAUGUAAAAUGAUAUGCGCGUGCAGUGUGGGACGAUAUCGAAAGCACUCGAUAUCAAAGAAAGUGCGAAUACGGGCAUUAUAGUUUAUUCUUUACUGAUAUCCGCCGUAAAAGGCAGCGAUUAUACUUUAGGCUGAGCUUCAAGCUUUAACUCUACUUUAUAUGCGUUUAUGCAGCCUGGUUCUCUUAUCAUGCGUUCGUGUCUGCACGCUUGCCUUAUUCUAUGAUGCGUAGCUUUUUUUCUAUUUGAUCACGAAUGGUGUUCAACUUCUUGAUAAGCUUCUUCUUUUAAGUGAAUCAAAGACCCGCACAGUGCAAAAUAAACAUAGCAGCUACCCGAAGCAAGAACGUUUUCACACAAAAAUGCUACAAAUACUCAUUUUUUUUCGUGAGCACGUGGUUGGAAUUGUUUUUCUGGAAACAUUGUAAAUAAAUAAAAUCAAUUAAAUCUCAUGAACGUUUGCCGCACCCGUGCAAGAAUAUUUUGAGCAAUAGGACAUACAUUGUACUGUUUUAUUCUGCGGCGCCGUUAAGUUUAUGUUAAUGCAUCUUUCUUACCACUACUGCCUUUGUUCUGAUGUUAAA